GCUGGCUUCGCGGCGGUGAGAGCGAGCGAGAGCGAGAGCCAGCCAGGGGCGGAAGACGGACUGUUGGGAUCUGGCUGCUGUGUGGGCUCCAUCUCUUUCUGGCGUCUCUCGCGCGCUUUCCCCCCUGUAUUUUGUUCUUGGCUUGCAUAUUUAACAUCUCCGGACUCCAUCCUCCCCCCACCACUGAAGUCUUCCCGUCUCUAAAUGGAAUUAGUGGAGAUCGGAGCCUCUGGUGUAAGGAACAGACAUGAUCUAUGGACGCAGUUUGUUUCACAUUGCAGCAAGUUUAAUCAUCCUCCAUUUGUCUGGGGCAACCAAGAAAGGAACAGAAAAACAAACCACCUCAGAAACACAGAAGUCAGUGCAGUGUGGAACGUGGACAAAACAUGCAGAGGGAGGUGUCUUCACCUCUCCCAACUACCCCAGCAAGUACCCCCCGGACCGAGAAUGCAUCUAUAUCAUAGAAGCUGCCCCAAGACAGUGCAUUGAACUUUACUUUGAUGAGAAAUACUCUAUUGAACCGUCUUGGGAGUGCAAAUUUGAUCAUAUUGAAGUUCGAGAUGGACCUUUUGGCUUUUCUCCAAUAAUUGGCCGUUUUUGUGGACAACAAAAUCCACCCGUAAUAAAAUCCAGUGGAAGAUUUCUAUGGAUUAAAUUUUUUGCUGAUGGAGAGCUAGAGUCUAUAGGAUUUUCAGCUCGAUACAAUUUCACACCUGAUCCUGACUUUAAGGACCUUGGAGUUUUGAAACCCUUACCAGCUCCAUUUCUGUGUGUUUGUUUGGCAUCUUAUUAUUUAGCAUGUGAGUUUGAGAUGGGCGGCCCAGAAGGAAUUGUGGAGUCCAUACAAAUUUUGAAGGAAGGCAAAGCUUCUGCCAGCGAGGCCGUGGAUUGCAAGUGGUACAUCCGAGCCCCUCCACGAUCCAAGAUUUACUUACGGUUCUUAGAUUAUGAGAUGCAGAAUUCAAAUGAAUGCAAAAGAAACUUUGUGGCUGUGUACGAUGGAAGCAGUUCUGUGGAGGAUUUGAAAGCUAAGUUCUGCAGCACUGUGGCUAAUGACGUGAUGCUCCGCACUGGUCUGGGGGUGAUCCGCAUGUGGGCAGACGAGGGUAGUCGAAACAGCCGAUUCCAGAUGCUCUUCACAUCCUUUCAAGAACCUCCUUGUGAAGGCAACACGUUCUUCUGCCAUAGUAACAUGUGUAUUAACAAUACAUUGGUCUGCAACGGACUCCAGAACUGUGUGUAUCCUUGGGACGAAAAUCACUGUAAAGAAAAGAGGAAAGCCAGCCUGCUGGACCAGCUCACCAACACCAGCGGGACUGUGAUUGGCGUGACUUCCUGCAUUGUGAUCAUCCUUAUUAUCAUUUCUGUCAUUGUACAGAUCAAACAGCCCCGUAAAAAAUACGUCCCAAGGAAGUCAGACUUUGACCAGACUGCUUUCCAGGAGGUGUUUGAGCCUCCACACUAUGAGCUGUGCACCCUCAGAGGGACAGGGACGGCUGCCGACUUUGCAGACGUGGCAGAUGACUUUGAGAACUACCAUAAACUGCGGAGGUCAUCUUCCAAAUGCAUUCACGACCAUCACUGUGGAUCCCAGCUGUCCAGCACGAAAGGCAGCCGCAGCAACCUCAGCACAAGAGAGGCUCCCAUCCUGACAGACAUGCCCGCCCAGCCAGUCAAGCCCCUCGGUCCUCCCGUGAGCAGAAGGAACAUCCUCGUCAUGAAACACAACUACUCCCAAGAUGCCGACGCCUGUGACAUCGACGAGAUCGAGGAGGUGCCCACCACGAGCCACAGGCUGUCCAGACACGACAAAGCCGUCCAGCGGUUCUGCCUCAUUGGGUCUCUAAGCAAACAUGACUCUGAAUACAACACAACUAGGGUCUAAAAAGAAAAUUCAAGAAAAGAACUAUUUAUACAAACAUGGGGACUGUGAAAAGAAAAUUCUAUAGUGAAUUGUGAAAAGUGGACCUAUUUCUAAAUUCAUUCCACUGCCUUUAUCCAAACUUAAGAAUUACAGACAUUUGUUAUUUCUUCGGCAAGACAUCCCCGCUGCACAAUGAUAUGUUCAUUUCGUAAUUUGGUUGCUGGCCACCAAGUGCUCCUUAGUUUUUAAAUACAUUUUGAGAUUUACUGGAAACUUGAAGAAGAAAUUAGAUCCUGAUUAAGACGAUCCCAACUUUAUUUUUAUUGUCAGUUUCACUUUUGUUUCUGUGUUGGUUCUGUCUUUGUUAUGUAAUUGUACAUUGUGUGAUGUGUGGAAAACACAACCCUGGACGAACCUUCGGUUACAUGUAAUUGUUUUCAUUAUAUAGACUUCUUGAGAAUAGUGCGUUCCUGAGUGGUUUUGAACAUGCUACAGAGGAAAGUGAAAAUGUGGACCAUGGAAACACCAGCUAGAGGUUUUAUGGACUACACACCUAUUGUUUUAUUAUGAUUAAAUGCAGUAAAAAGUCAUGAGUCCAAUUACUAGAUUGCAAUAAGAAAAAUUUCAUUUUUUUUUCUCUCCUACAUUCCCUUGAUUUUUUUUUUUUUGUUGUUGUUCUCUAUCAAAGGGAGAUACCAAGUUUCAAAAACAGCUUUUGAAACCAGGUACUUCACUGUUCAUAUCCUACCACAGAGAUGUUUUUGACUAAGUACUUAGCAAUAGGACUGGAUCGACAGUCUGAGAAACUACCCUGCAUGUCAGUACUGGAUAUUUGAGUUGGGAAAAAUACCCUCUUUAUUAGACACAUUGUAAAAAGCAUGCAUUCUCAAAUAUUGCUGUUACUCUUCCAUUUCUUUGUGUCACAUGCUUGCUACUUGUAACGUUUUUAUAUAAAGAUAUAUAAAAUGUAUAAUUAUUUCCUAACUUGA